AUGCCUCCCAAACGCAAGCGAUCCGGCGACAGUCAAAAUGCCGAUGAAUCUAAACAUUAUGCCUACUUGACACCAAGUGUCCGUCGAGUUCCCGAGAAGACAAUCAAAGCGAAAUGGUCCACCCUGCCCGAGCCCGUUCAAGACAAAGUCCGCGACUUGUUCCAUUCACUCGAACGCCCGGUGAUUGUGCGACAACAGAAUGAAAAGAAGCGCAUCGAGGCACAGAGUGCUGUUAAUGCCGUGGUGCGAAACCUAGGGAGACGGCUUCCUCGAAUGCCAUUUCCGCCGAUUACAAAAGACUCGAACUUUGACUAUGAGUCGGCUCUCGAUGAACAUCGAUCGCUCGAGGCCAACCUUGCUACGAUGAAAGAUAGCAUUGAUCUUUUGAAGGCCGAAAUUGCGAAAGAAGAGGCUCUUCUCGCGGAAGAAAAGAAAUCUCUCCAAGAAAUGGACAAGAAUGCAAAGAGGGCGGAGGCAGAGAGGAAGCGCCAGACUAAGAAUGAACAUCCUGUGCUCCGGCAAUUAGACGAGCUCCCUCAGAUCGCAGAUCAGACAUACGAGUUCUCUCUACUGGAUACCACGGGCAGCCAGACAGGGUUAGAUGAGCUGGACGCGGAUCCAGCGAUCCAGAAGCUGAUGAACCAACUUCAUGGACAUUUGCAAUCCAUGCAAAGCAAUACUGCACCUAUGGCAGGACUCAGUGAAGCAAUCACCUGCUCGCAAGCCGCCUUGGACCAUUACUCGACGCCGAACGACUGA